CUCGGCCACCGCUGCGCUCUCCAGUGCCUCUUCCUGCAGCCAAGCGCACCGGCCGCCCAAGCGCUCCAAGUCGCCGCCGCACCGACUGCGCACCCCCCGGACUACAACAAUGAGCUUCAGCAGCCGCCAGAGCUCCUCUUACCGCCGCAUGUUCGGCGGCGGCAGCCGGCCCAGCGCCUCCGGCAGCCACCGCUAUGUCACCUCCUCGAGCCGCUACUCGGUGGGCUCCGUCCGGCCGAGCAGCGUCCGCAUGGUCUCGUCGGCGCCCGGCGGGAUCUACGCCUCCAAGUCGGUGCGGUUGCGAACCAGCCUGCCUCCCAUGCGCCUGGCGGGCGACUCCGGCGUGGACUUCUCGCUGGCCGACGCCAUCAACACGGAGUUCAAGGCCAACCGCACCAACGAGAAGGCUGAGCUGCAAGAGCUCAACGACCGCUUCGCCAACUACAUCGACAAGGUGCGCUUCCUCGAGCAGCAGAACAAGAUCCUGCUGGCCGAGCUGGAGCAGCUGAAGGGGAAGGGCACCAGCCGCCUGGGCGACCUGUACGAGGAGGAGAUGCGCGAGCUCCGCCGCCAGGUGGACCAGGUCACCAACGACAAGGGCCGCGUGGAGGUGGAGAGGGACAACCUGGCCGACGACAUCGCGCGCCUGCGGGAGAAACUUCAAGAUGAGAUACUUCAGAGAGAAGAAGCUGAAAAUACUCUCCAGUCUUUCAGACAGGAUGUUGACAAUGCCUCCUUGAACCGUCUGGACCUUGAACGCAAAGUUGAGUCCCUGCAAGAAGAGAUUGCCUUCUUGAAGAAGCUUCAUGAAGAAGAAAUCCGUGAGCUUCAGGUUCAAAUCCAGGAUCAGCAUAUCCAGAUUGAUAUGGAUGUUGCCAAGCCAGAUCUUACUGCAGCUUUGCGGGAUGUGCGUCAACAGUAUGAAAGUGUUGCCGCCAAGAACCUCCAGGAAGCAGAAGAAUGGUACAAGUCCAAAUUUGCAGAUCUGUCUGAAGCAGCCACCCGGAACAAUGAUGCCUUGCGCCAAGCCAAACAAGAAGCAAAUGAAUACCGCAGGCAAAUUCAGACUCUAACCUGCGAAGUUGAUGCACUUAAAGGAACUAAUGAAUCCCUGGAACGCCAGAUGCGUGAGAUGGAGGAUAACUUUGCUGUCGAAGCUGCUAACUACCAAGACACUAUUGCCAACCUCCAAGAAGAAAUUCAGAACAUGAAGGAAGAAAUGGCUCGCCAUCUGCGCGAGUACCAAGACCUGCUGAAUGUCAAGAUGGCCCUUGAUAUUGAGAUUGCCACUUACAGGAAACUGCUGGAAGGAGAAGAGAGCAGAAUUUCAAUGCCUAUUCAGACUUUUGCUUCCAUGAAUCUGAGAGAAACAAACCUUGAGUCCAUCCCACUGGACACCCACUCAAAGAGAACACUCCUUAUCAAGACUGUUGAAACUAGAGAUGGACAAGUUAUCAACGAAACUUCUCACCAUGAUGAACUGGAGUGAAGAGAGAAUAGCACAACUUCUUGUGCAGAAAUGAACACUUACCAGCAAAACUAAAAAGAGCUUUCAAGUGCCUUUCUGCAGUUUAUCCAAAAGUACAAGAUGGAGAUGCUAGACAACUAGGUCUUAGAUCCUGAUGGUUUAGCAGAGCUUUUGAAAAGGGAGUUUAGUAAAAAAUAACAAUAUCCUGUACUGCAGUACUGUUUUUUAAGUUUCUGAAUUAAAUAAAAUUGCUUUUUUCAGCACAGUAUGAGUAACCUUUCACUACUUCAAUAAACAUUUGAGAAACUGC